AUGGAUGGGAACACUGGAAACCUGCUAUCCCCUCUCGAUCUGUACGCGCCACCACUUUUACCGACCAACUACCUGCAAUUGGCGCUUGAGCCACUCAAGCAAGUCGACGACAUACAGUCAAGCCUGUAUCCUUAUGAGUACACCGACCCUUUGCUGUGGCGACCGGCACCCAUGGCUCGAUAUUCGCAGUCAUGCGUAGUGGCCCAACCUGCCCCCACGAGGCCUCAUGAUAAUUAUCGUCGCAUCCUCGACGUUGAGUGGGAGAUCACGGUGAAUGCUGUAAACAAUCAAGUAAUUAUGACAGCAGGGUGCCAUAAUGCAAUGCGUAAGGAUCUUCCAGCAUCCUCUACAGCAGUGGACUCGGCUCGUGACAAGAUGAGCGCGUCGACAUUGCAUGGCCCCUACCUCAGCAAGGACAACGGGCAGUCUUUCCAGGAGGACACCCAGCCAGUCCUAUUGCCACAGGCCUUUCACCCUCGUCCUCAAGACCAACCUUCAGCCUUACGAGGUUGUCCAUCCGAGAGUAAUGAGGAUUUGAAUGCUGCGAUGCUGCAGCUGCUUCGAACGUGGCACGAACGAUUCUACGCCCUCGACGCCGAGGAUCGCGCCGCCGCGCUAACACAAGAGUCUAAGGGCUCUUCUGCGCGUCGCAAGCGGACCAGAGGUCGUCGCGGAUCCAGGAAGCAGAAGGGAGUGAAGGGAGUUUGA